AUGGAUGCGGUUUCGUGUUUAUCAUCCAUUCUUGGCAUUGCAACUUUGGUGCUGGUUUGGUUUUCAUGGCGAAAACAGAGCAAGAGAUUGGCACCGGCGGCCGGUGGCGCGUGGCCUAUCAUUGGCCACCUCCACCACUUCCGAACCUCGGUUCCCUUGGUUAAGACUUUGAGCGAGUGGGCGGAUAAAUAUGGUCCGGUGUUCACCAUCCGCCUCGGCAUAUCCCGGAUCCUGGUGGUUAGUAGCUGGGAAGCCGUCAGGGAUUGCUUCACUACCAACGACAAGCUCUUGGCUGCACGCCCAACUACAUGUGCAGGUAAACACCUUGGUUACGAUUAUGCGGUCUUUUCAUUCUCAACAAACAAUUCAUAUUGGCGAAGAGUACGAAAAUUGGUGGUGGAGGAGUUACUCUCCAGCAGAAGACUUGAGAAAUUGAAACAUGUUUGGGUGUCGGAGCUGCAAGCCAACAUCAAUGAAUUCUACACUUCUAUUUCCAUGGAUAACAACAACGACAAGAACAACAAUCCCUCUGCUCCGAAAGUGAACAUGAGCCGAUGGUUUGGACAUUUAACGUUGAAUUUGAUAAUGCAGAUAGUGGCCGGCAGGAGGUAUGAGUACCAGAGUGACGGAGUGGUCAACGAGGAGGCACAAUGUCUAAAGAAGGUGUUCAGUCAAGUUAUGUAUCUGUGGGGUGAGUUUGUCUCCGGGGAUGCCAUAUUUCCACUCUGGUUUUUCAGGUGGUUGGAUUAUGAAGGCCAUGUCAAGUCCAUGAAAAAGGCUGCAAAGGAAGUUGAUGCCAUCUUGCAAGAUUAG